AUGUAUAAAAAUCUUUCAAAACCUUUCAAAUGCAAUUUAAAUGUUAAAUUAUUGAUUUUCAAUAACUUAAGAAAUUAUUUUUAUCAUUGGAAUAAAUUAAAGAGAUUUCUUCAUAAAAGUUCAAAAAAAAACAUUUUUCAUAUAUUAAACAUUUAUAAUAAAUAUGAACUUCUUCAAAAAUUAGAGAAAACUAGUAAAAAUAUAGAAAACAAAAAGGAAAUUUUUGAAACAAAUAAAAAUUACGUGAAAAGUAAAUAUACUCUAAAUGAUUUAAAUAAAUUUGUUUUUGUUAAUGAAAAUAAUAAAAGCAAGGAAGAAAAAAUAAAUAAAAGUGAAUCAAAAAAUAAUAAAUAUCCCAUUUUAAAUGAUGAUGAAAUAAAGUUAGAAAAAUUAUUAAAAAAAAGAAACAUUAAAAAAAGCAUAAUAACAAUAACUGAAGAAGCUAAAAAAGAGAUAAAAAAAAUAAUUGAGAAUAAUAAUAAGGAAAAUAAAAAUAAUAAUCAUGUUUUAAAAUUAUAUUUUAUUACUAAAGGAUGUAAUGGGUUAACACAUUCUUUUAAUUUUGUUGACAAAAAUGCUAUUAAUAAAGAUGAUGAAAUCAUAUAUGAUGAUCACAAAACCAUACUUCUAGUAAUUGAUAAUAAAUGUGUUUUAUAUGUUAUCAAUACAAUACUUGAUUAUUACAAAGAUGAUUUAACAGAAAAAUUUAUUUUCAAAAAUCCAAAUAUAACAUCUAUUUGCCCUUGUGGAACUAGUUUUCAUUUUUCAAAAAAACAAUAA